UGGAGAGGAGGAGGAGGAGGUUGGGGAUACGACCAACCCAGAAACAGGAGAGGGUGCCAGCUCAGCUCAGACAGAGAGACCGUUCCUCUGCUCCCAGUGUGGUAAGAGGUUCACUGCACCAAGCAGCCUGAAGACUCACAUGCAGAGACACAGCGGAGAGAAACCCCACCAGUGCUCCGUCUGUGGGAAGCGCUUCCUACGAUCCACAGACCUGAAGAGACACCAGAUGAUCCACAAAGCAGUCACCUCAGACAGACCGUACCACUGUUCUGAAUGUGGAAAGACGUUCACCUCGCCGACCAGCCUGAGGAUCCACGUGAAAAUCCACAGCGAAGACAAACCACACCGGUGUUCCGUCUGCGGGAAGCGUUUCCUGUGGCUAUGUGUUCUGAAGAGACACCAGGUGGUGCACAAAGGAGAGAGCGCCAACUCUGACAGCUCAGGGGAUCCCGAACAAGGGCAGAAGCCAUACCCGAACCCUGAAAGACUGUACCUCUGCUCAGAGUGUGGCAAGAGGUUCACCACAGCACCUUUACUGAAGUCUCACAUGAAGAAGCACAGUGGAGAGACACACCACCAGUGCUCCGUCUGCGGGAAGUGUUUCCUGCUGUCCCAGGACCUCAAGAGACACCAGGAGAUCCACAAAGGGGGCAACAACUCUGACGCAGACAGCCCAGGGGAACGAGAUCCGGAGAGACCGUUCCCCUGCUCUGUGUGUGGGAAGAGGUUCACCGCAGCCUUCAGACUUAAGGCACACAUGAAGAUCCACAGCGGAGAGAAACCCCACCAGUGCUCCGUCUGUGGCAAGGCCUUCCUUCGACCCUACGACCUUAAAAGACACCUGGUGACCCAUAAAGGAGAGGGCACCAGCUCUGACCCUGACAGCCCAGGGGACCCUGACCAGGAGCUGAAGCCGUAUUUCUGCUCCCAGUGCGGUAAGAGGUUCACUGCAGCCAGCAGCCUGAAGACGCACACAAUGACGCACAGCGGAAAGAAACCCCACCAGUGCUCCGUCUGCGGGAAGUGUUUCCUGCGAUACCAGGACCUGAAGAGACACCAGGUGAUCCACAAAGGAGAGGGCGCCAGCACAGAGAAACCCCACCAGUGCUCUGUCUGCGAGGAGAGUUUCUUGAAGCUUGACGACUUGAACAUUCAUGUGACGAUCCACACAGGAGAGAAGACCAAGCACAUCUGCCAACCAUGUGGGAAGACCUUCACUCUGCUGCAGGACCUAAAGACUCACCAGCGCACCCAUACAGGAGAGAAACCGUACCACUGCUCCAAGUGCCCAGAGAGCUUUGGCAACCUGUUGGAGUACAGGGAGCACAAGCAGACACACAACAACAAGAAACCGUACCUCUGUGACCAAUGCGGCCAGACGUUCACCCACUUCUACACCCUGAAGACCCACCGGUCGAUCCACACAGGGGAGAACCUCCUCCACUGCUCCUACUGCGGGAGGGGCUUUACUCAGAAAACGUCCUUGGCGACCCACAUACUGAUCCACACCCAGGAAAAACCGCACCGGUGUUCUGUGUGUAGCCAACGUUUUGCCCGAAGCGAAAGCCUGAAGAAACACAAGAGGAUACACAUGGAAGAGGUCCGCCACCACAUGUGCGAGUGCGGGAAGACUUUCCCGGACAUGAAAAGGCUGGAGGUGCACGCGAGAAUGCACUACAAGAGCCUGGAAAAGAAGUACUGCUGCUCGUACUGCGGGAGAAUGUUCCUACGAGAUGGGGAUCUAAAGAGUCACCAGAGAACACACACCGGAGAGAAACCCUUCGUCUGCGCCAUAUGCGGGAAAAGUUUUGCCCAGUCGGGGAACUUGAGAGUGCAUCAGAUCAAGCACACUAAAGAGAGACCGUACACUUGUACUGUCUGUGAUAAGGGGUUCACCACCUCUGGGAGUCUGAAGGUGCACAUGAGGAGGUUUCAUACAGGGGAGAAGCCGUACGUCUGUAGCCUGUGUGGGAAAGGGUUCAUUGUACCCAAAGCACUAAAGACACACCAACAGAAACAUAUGAAAGAGACGACCGUCUAGUUUGACGGGAGAAAAGACUGUCUGUCUGUGAUUCCUCGCUCCUCUCAACUGUAAUAGAGGAGAAGUUCCAAGGUCCCUCUCUGACUUUAUUCUCCAUUGCAUUUUGAGGAGGAGGCUAAGAGAAAGAAUGUGAGGAAUCGGGGAAUGAUUAAUUGAGAAACAGUCGAGGCCUGCUGGUGGUUUUACCUGCUGCUCCCAUUGAGGACAUGUUUUUUUCAAAAUAAAAGUCCCCAACAUGCAUCCAUGUAAUUGUACUCUAAAUGUGCCAGUAGACAUCACUCACCAUGACAGAAUAGCUAGUGGUUAGUUUAGUGAUACUCUACAGAAACUGAGGUUGUAUCACUAACCGCUAUCACUAAACUAACCACUAGCUAUUCAGUCUGUAAGAUACAACCUCAAUAAAGUUUCUGUAGAGAAUCUUAAUGUCAGAUAUGAAUUGACAGGAUGAUAUGAUUAUGUAUGGCAGGAUAUGACACAAUAUGCAUUAUGACAAUAAUAAAUCCAAACCUGACAUGAUGUCUCCACUCACCAUGGCUGGCACCUAUUGACAUGAUGUCUCCACUCACCAUGGCUGGCACCUAUUGACAUGUCUCCACUCACCAUGGCUGGUGGCUAUUGACAUGAUGUCUCCACUAGAGGUCGACCGAUUAUGAUUUUUCAAUAUCGAUACCGAUUAUUGGAGGACAAAAAAA